CAGACUGUUUGGUUCAUAGAAGUCAUUUAGAGGCGUUGAGUGAGUCUUAAAAAAAGGUUUUUUGAUGCGAAAAACAUUACUCCCAUUGUUUUUUUUUUAAUUAAUUUUGAUGUUUGUAUUGCAUCCUGAUAUAAAUAAUAAGGAAAUAACAAAGAACAGGCUAUGAACCAAUAACUGUUUAAUUAUUUGUAAUGUUGCUUGUUUUCUGUACUAAAUAUAUAGAUUAAUUAAUCUAAAAAACAGGGUUAGAAGAAAGCAAACAUAUUAGGUUUAGCAUCAGAUUAGAAGAAACCAAAAAUAAGAAUGGUAAAACCUGCCUGAAACCAAGCUGUUAUCAGACCUGCUGGUAAUGGUCCUACUUUAAGUUUUUUUUUUUUUUUUUGUGUUGCCAGAGUCUCUGAUGUGUGACUUGAAACUGAAUCCGCUCCGUUCAGGGCGUUUAAAUUCAGCAGCAGAAUAUUCUCGCUGACGAUAAACUCGUCGCUGUGCCAUUUAAUUUAAUCACAGCACGACACAGCGACCUUUUCACUAAAUGUCGCUAAGACGUGACCGAGACGUGCUCUGACCGGGUGGGACGUCGCAGGCUGACGUUUGGAGGCCUGGAGGUGUUUUAAUGACGGAGACAGCGUUCAGGGCUCAUUACAAGUUGGGGGCAGCGGCCUCGUGACCCCUGCAAGGCCACCGUGUGGAAUGCAACACACACACACACACACGGUGUGAUCAAUAAAGAAAGCCAAUCAGCUUCAGUGACAAUAACACAAAAUCCAAUUCGUGCAUUGAUGAACUCAGUUCUCUCUGCUGUGCCGUGUGACCCCUGUGACCCCCCCCCCUUCAGUCUCCCUCCGGUGGGUUUCAUAUUUUCAGAUGAUGACCACAUGCCCGUAAUGGGUUUCCUGUACAUCAUGUGAUUCACUCUAAUCAUACACUGCUCCAUGAGGUAAAUGGGUGCAGCCAUUCCUUGGGCUUUUCCUGGCCAUUCCUAUUUUUUUUUCAACAUUCCUGUGAUGGGGGGGGGCUUUUGUGACCUUUGGGUGUCAUUGACGCAACCGACCGUGAAGGGGGUUUAGGUGCAAAGGUGGGAACUGUGAAUCCAGCUGCUGUAUUUGUUUUCACACCACGCACAAAGACCACGGCGGCAAAACGGCUCCCUCGCCGUGACCAGAUGGCCACGAUUCACUCGUCCGACACCCGAUGCACGCCGCGUGUCCAAAUGGAGACGGACGUCACUUCGGAUCCUGGAGGACAGAAACGAGGACGUUUUUGACCAUGGUUCCGUGGCGCCGCCGCAGCUGAACUCGGACCUAUUUCUGAGCCGGUGUCGACGGAGCCAAAGCCCAGGGCGAGCACGGGGGGGGGGAGAAACCCAGGCGGCCCGACCACACUCCGACCGGUCCGGCUCCUUCCACAGGAACAGAGUCCUCCUGAACUCAUGGCCGUUUAAUUCAGGCCGACAUGCGUAACGAGGAGCUGUGUGUGAUCGACACAGAUAACAUUCCAGGGGUUCGGCCCUAAAGGCCCCCGGACUUUUACACAGGUUACACGGUUUCAAAGUAGUUUUUUUUUUUUUCCAAGACGUCCCACCUCUGGCGAGCAUGAAUCUUCAGGAAAAGUUCUCGGGCCUCAAAGGCCUGGUCACGCCCUCCCACGGCAAGCGCCGCUUCCGAGGCGACCUCACGCUGGAAAUGAUCAGCCCCCCCCUGGGCGACUUCCGCCACACCAUGCACGUGGGCCGCGGCGGCGACGUGUUCGGGGACACCUCGUUCCUCAGCAACCACGGCGGCCCGGCCAACGGGAGCGAGGGGGAGGCGGACUCCGUCUCCGCCCCCGACAACAAGAUCGGGGCCUUCUUCUCCAGGACGCUCCGUCACAUCAGGAGGGGCUCCGACAACCGGCCCGCGGGGGGGCCCGGGGACCUGUCGCCGCCGCCCCCCGCCGUUUCCCCCAUCGUCAAAAACGCCAUCUCCCUCCCCAGGCUGGAUGUGGAGAUGCCCAAUGGGAGCCCCGCCGCCACGGUUCUCUUCCCCAGUUCCCAAAGCACGCCGGAGGAGACAAAGAGUUCCUACGGUCUGGAGUCCGGUUUCGUCACUCUGCCUCGUCUCUCCCGCUCCGAGCGCCAGCAGCCCUCCGUGUCCCUCCCCACGUCCUGCCCCCCCAACGUCCACCGCGGCUCCCUGACCGACCCCACCGACGCCCUCUUAUCCACCGGCUCCACAGCGCCCUUUGACCCCGAACUCACCUUCACGGCCCGCUCCGACUCCCUCCCCUCCCUCAUGUCCUUGGACACCUUCACCUUUGACCUCGGCCCCUCCCUCAUGAGCGAGGUGUUCGGCCUGAUCGACGGCCACCCGGAGGAGAGCGGCCACGCCUGGGAGGGGUCGGCAUUCGGGUUGACCACCGAGGGGUCGGAGAUGGACUCGGCCACCAUCUCGUACGUGGAUUCCCUGCAGAGGGAGGACUGCGGAGGCGGGAAGAGCCCUCAGGGGGGGGCCGAGUGGGAGGACGAGGAGGUCAGCGGGGCGGGGCCUUGUGAUAAAGCAGCCGAGGUGGCCUCCUCGGGGUCUCCUGGACGAGGGAGGUCGGGGUUGGGGAUGGCGAGCGAGCAUUUCCAGAGCGCCGCGGAUGUGCUCGCACGCCACUACGGCGUCGGCCCCUCGAGGGGACGGAGCGGGACGGAGGUCACAGAUUCAGAGGAGCCCAAGGACAAAAUAUCCUACAGCUACAUGGACGACGAGGAUGAAAUCAAAGUCUGAGUGGAGAUAUUUUGAUACGACAACAAAAUUGAUGUAUGAUUCUUCUCUGCAGCUCCAAUCAAGGUCCUUCAUGUAAGAUCUCGCUGUGGUCAACAAGGCUGGCUCCUUUGACAGGAUCUCUAUGGAAACUACAAUCCAGGAGGACUUGGAUUAUUUACUUUUAUACAAACACGCUUCAAGGUUUACCUGAAGGAGUGAAGGACCCAUUUCCAGGCCCUGCUCAGACACCUUUUGAAAAGGUCCAAACUUAGAAUUGUAUACUUUUCUUGCUUCGUCACUUCGGAGGGGAAAAGAUUGAGGAAGUGGGGGAGCAGAAACACAGAUGAAAUCCUGUUAUGUAACAUUUAGGCCUCCUCGCAAUCUCCUGUUAACUCCUUUCGCUCAGGAAUACACUACAAGGAAACAAAAAGGGAAAUAGAACAUUAGACUAAACAUCUCAGUUGACAAACGACAUGUUUACGGAUGUCAUGUGACACGUAACAUUGGGAUAGUCGCAACCAAAGCUUAACCCUUUAACUGUUGAUUGUAUGCUGCAGACCUUCUAUUUAGAGACUCCGUGCACCUUUUAUGACAGAAGUCUGGAACCUGUAUUUUGU